CAUAGGGAUGGGGAUGGGGCUCAUCCAUUUUCUUUCUAAAAUUACUUUCUCGUGGGAUUCACUCCCAAAUCAACGCAUGGAAUAAGGCAUCUUUCCUUUCAUGGUUUGGUGGGCGGCAAACAGAAGUGCAAAAGAGAAAACCCUUUAAAUCUCAAUCUCAAUCUCAUUUUACUCACUGCUGCAGGACUGAGAGAAGUGAGAUUCCAUCGCACCUGCGAGAGAGAGACAUAGAGAAGAUGGAGGGCGGCAUGGCUACCACGAGGGCUCAGAAGCAGGUGCUGCUCUUCCACUGUGUAGAGAUGGAACAUCUGGCUCGCAGCAUCGCUUCUCAAUCCCCUUCCAUCCACCUCCAAUCCAUCAACUGGAGGAGUUUUGACGAUGGGUUUCCCAAUCUUUUCAUAAACAAUGCGCAUAACAUUCGGGGACAACAUGUUGCGUUCCUCGCCUCCUUCAGCUCGCCUGCAGUCAUCUUUGAACAGCUCUCUGUCAUAUUUGCUCUCCCGAGGCUUUUCGUGGCCUCUUUCACACUGGUGUUGCCUUUCUUCCCCACAGGCUCCUUUGAGAGGAUGGAAGAGGAGGGGGACGUCGCCACUGCAUUUACUAUGGCUAGAAUACUGUCAAAUAUUCCCAUUUCAAGAGGCGGUCCCACCAGCUUAGUCAUCUAUGACAUCCAUGCCUUGCAGGAAAGGUUUUACUUUGGAGACCACAUCUUGCCUUUAUUUGAAACUGGAAUUCCAUUGUUAAAACAACGGAUUCUGCAGCUUCCAGAUCAUGAUAAAAUUGUUGUUGCGUUUCCUGAUGAUGGAGCUUGGAAGCGGUUUUACAAGCAAUUCAGCAACUACCCAGCUGUUAUCUGCACAAAGGUUCGCGAGGGUGAUAAGAGAAUUGUCAGGCUAAAAGAAGGCAAUCCUGAAGGUUGCCAUGUGAUCAUUGUUGAUGAUUUGGUGCAGUCUGGGGGCACUCUAAUUGAAUGCCAGAAAGUGUUGGCAGCACAUGGUGCAGCCAAGGUGAGUGCUUAUGUCACCCAUGGUGUUUUCCCUAAACGGUCGUGGGAACGUUUCCUACACAAAGAUGGAGGUGGGUCGCCGAAAGCGUUUACCUACUUUUGGAUCACAGAUUCAUGCCCUAUUACCGUGAAUGCCAUUGCUAAUAAAGCUCCCUUUGAAGUGUUGAGUCUGGCUGGAUCAAUUGCUGAUGCUCUUCAAAUAUGAUCUCAAUCCGGAUUUUGAGCUUCUGAUUCAUAAAAAUGCAUUUUUGCGUGUUUGACAAUCUAUUUUUACUUAUAUGUUUUUACUUUUUAAAAAAUCUACCACAACCCUUAACACCAUCUAAGCUUUACAACAAUUAGAAGCAUUUUGAACCUUUAUGUCUGUAAAAGAGCAUAUUGGGUUGCAAAAUUGCAACUGGCCUUCAAAUGU